AUGAAGGGCUAUAUUGGAGCGUUGGCGCUGCUCAGCGGCAUUGUCAAUGGUGUUACUGCUGCUGAUGCAAGAGACAUCCAGUAUGCGGACCAAGACCCUGGGACGUGGUGCAUCACCUACCUUUCAACAUACCUCGCCCCAGUAUCAAUUGCGACGGAUCUCCCACGCCCUGUUGAAAACACCACAGAUGUCGAAUUGAUAUCGACAUCUACUGCUCAAGGUUCAGAUCUCGCUUCCUCGGCCGCUGUCAGUUCGUCCACUUCGGCUACUCUUGAGCCAACUGGCCAGCGCAUCAUCCUCCUCAUUAGCCCUUCUGGUGGUAACACAAAACGCGAUAUUGGUGGAUUUGUUGGUGAUGGAAAUCCCGACAUCUGCACGUUUGCGACUAUCUUCAUACUUGGCAAUGGCCAGCUUUCCGAAAGCGGAGUUCCAGUUUCAUAUCUCGGUGAUGCCUACCAGAAAAUCCAAGCCUCGUCCUCGUCAAGUGAUAAUACAAUCUCGACAACUUUUAGCAGCGAGGGAGGGAUACUAUGCUUCCAAAAUCCUUCGUUACCUAAUGGUGGAGCUUCAUUUUGCCAGACCCCUUCUGAUGGGCAGGUUUACAUGACUUUCGCGUCCAAACCAUCUGGUUGUGUACCGGUGUCCCUUAACAUCUAUAGAGCCGAGCAAUGCAUCGGCGGUAGACUCGGUGGCCUAGGUCCUACAACAACAUCCACCCAGUUUGAUGAGUCCAUUUCAACAAUUUCCUCGGCAGAGACAUCUGCUGAGGCCACUGGCAUUGAGUCUUCAACCACCGAGUCAAUUGCCUCUACGCUUCUUAGUGAAGCAUCUGGAGUCCCCACAGGCUCAUCAUCAUCCGAAAGCGCUAUCAGCCAAGAGACAGAGGCACCCAGUGGCUCGUUGACUGAUAGACCGACUGCAACACAGUCUCAGGGAGACAUCGUCGUCACAAACGCCAUUUCCAACGGGCGUUUCUCCAUCAAGGACUCCAACUCAGAAAGUGGCAUCUUUGCCUUUGAUGCCGAAGGCGAGGCCAAGCAGCGGAGCGGCGACUGCUACCAGGGAGACGGUAGCUCCGAUAAUGGCUGCGUUGCCUUGGGCUCUUCUUCCGACUCACAGAAGAGAGCUUUUGGUGGACUAGCAAGCAUCUCACAGUUUCUCACCAAUCUUGCUCCGAGCAAGACUGUUCUCUACACUGUUCAGUUCUAUUACGUUGUCGUCACUGCUGGGGGCAGUCAGAUUUGCAGUGUCAAUGCCUAUCUAGGAAAUCGCCAGUUCUACACCAUGGGUCUCUUCACCAGCGGCGGUGUCGGUGUCUCAUGGAACAGAGUCCUCACUACUGUCAUGGCUGACUCUCGAAGUGCCAGCUUCGGCAUCUCCAUGUCUUGCACAGGCAAUGGAUUGGCACUGAUCUACGUGGAUUCGGUCUUUGUCUCCAAUCAGGUGACGCCUGACAACAUUGAUCAGUUCCAGCUGGACUUUGGAGAUGGCGACAGCGCUCCAGAGACUACCAGCAGACUUCCAUCCCCUCCAACUAGUGAACCGGCCGAUCCAGUGACAUCCAUUGAGCCAGACACCACUACCACAAACUUUCCUCCCUCUACCACGACAGGCUUCACCAGACCCGAGAUUCCUUCUCAAGAGGUCUGUCCCGAUGGUUACAAGCCUCCAGGAUUCUGUGGACAGAAGUCUCCACAGCCUUCAGAGCCACUCUGUAAUUACCGUGGGCAGCCCAACGCUGAUGUUGUCGCGUACUCACUCUCGCAAUACCCCAUGCAAGGCAUGGACAUCCAGAAGUGCGCACUGACCUGUGCCUACAUUGAUGGAUGCUUUGCUUUCGCCGUGAACAACAACAAGAACUACCCUUGCAAUUUCGUCUUUGAGCCUUUGAGGGUCUCUGGUUGGAACGGGGGACAGCGCGAUCGUGACCUAGAAUGGUCUGAGUUAGACUGCUUCAACUGUCAACUUUGUGGUGAUUCCUCAGCCCGCACAACGUCGACUGCUGGUUUUACUGAGCCUCCAGUGCAAUCGGAGACAACCAUCGAUUCGGAACCGCCAACUCGAGUUCCCCAGAACACUACUCAUUGGUUGCCUCACCCAGAGACGAGCUCUGGAAGCUUGGAGCCUACGCCAGGUACCAAACCAACGAGCAUUCGGCCUCCUCGACCAGAGACCAGCGUUGACGUGGGGCCAACUUUCAUCGAAGGCACAACCACUUGGCCUGAAACAACCCACACAUCUGCUGAAGGCCCUAGUCUAGAUAUAUCAAGCGGCAUGGCUCAAGACUCUACAUCCUUGACUAAAGAUGCAACAUCAAGUAUUCAAGAUCCCACUUCAACCUCAGAAACCACCACCGCCUCUGAGACACCAACCGAGACUUGCAAGUAUACGCACGGUGAGAUGUGCAACUUCGACCGUUUCAACUACCCCAAAGACGUUCUCUGUUCAUGGGGCGACAAGUUCACCAGCAGAAAGUUCUGGUGGGAGACCCGCGAGUCAUAUCCCCAUCAAGACCGAGUCGAAGAAUGUAUAGCCAUCUGUCAAGGCCAUCCACUCUGCUUGACCGCCGGAUACUCGCAAUUCGAAAACCGAUGCUACUUCUCUGAACUUCCCUUACUCAAAGAGAAUUUCGUCACCGAGGAAAACGACUGGAAGAAGCAGGUUUGGCUGGACACGCGCUGCUACACCGAUUGCGAUGCGUGUGUUCCUGAUUCUGUUCCAAAGGGUCCACCUGAGAUGUGCGCAUACAGCCUGGGCGACGAGUGCAAGCCUGUCAAUAACCCUCCUGAUGGCGCAAUCUGCAAUUACAGUGCCUAUAUGGGAGGCGGAUGGGUAGAUGGAAAUGAUCCCAACUUGAUCAGUGUUUAUACAGAGUACGCCCAGGCUACCCCUCGAAGGUGCGCUGCUAUAUGCCGAGCUUAUCCAGGAUGUAAGGGUUCGGGUUAUAAAGAUGAUCGUUGUAAGUUCUCGGUUUACAAGCUUGCUCUGACUGGUAUGCCUAUACCGCUUGAGACGGACAAGGAUCCUUCUAUGAACUCUAUCUGGGAUGAUCCUGCGUGUUGGACAUGCCCUGGCUGUGAGUAA